AUGGAUUCCAUGAGAUCUUUGAACACCUCGCUACCGAGCUCAGCGCCCCGUUCCCAACCCCCUGAACAACUUCUGCAGUCGUUCAAAGCAGCUGCGCUGUCCGUCACCAACCUCUACAAGAAUGCCGUUUACGAACAGACACAAGCCAAACAAUCCGGCUACCAGGAGGCUAUUGAGGAUUUAUUGCAGUUCCUAGAUCGAGAGAACCUCGGCCUUGGUGAUGGAGAAGGCUGGAAAAUUCGGCAAUGGGCAACGGAAAGAAGUGAUGGAACAGGUACCCCCAGUGACGACGAUGAGGCUGAAAAGCAACAUAGGGGUACUUCGCCUGCAGCAGCUCGCAAGGAUCAGCAUGGGUCUGAAGCUCCCCGCCAGCCGCAGAAGUCAGCGUCACCUCCAGUGGAUGAGCAGAUUGCUGCGCAGCCUCCAGCACCACCCAAUCCGUCCGUCUCCGAGACCAACGCUUUGGAGAAGUCCACCAUCUUCACUUUCUCAGCGGGACCAACCUUCCCGCAAUUCCAGGAGCAUGAUGUUGACAUGCAGCCUACCGAUAGUUCUACCGGCUUGUCUCAAGAUGGAACCCCCGUCAGUGUAUCAGUCCUGCCUCGAAACCCUCGACCGCAAAUCCGCCACAAUAACCUAUCUCGAGUAAAUCCUCGAAUUUCUACCCGAGAGCCUUCCACCGGACUAGGGUCCAAACGAAAAUUUACAGUCCCGGACUUUUUCGACCUCUCUGGCCUAGGGAAUAGAGAUAUUUUCGGGGGCAGCAAACGCGGCCGGUUCACCUAA